AUUUGGAUGGCAACGGAUCAAUUGAACAAGAGGACUUCAACAAGUUUUUCGAUAAUAUGGUAGAGGCAAAGGGGUUGUCACCCGACCACCCAAUGUAUGAUAGAGCAUCUUACAUGAAACUGAAUAUGUUGACCAUAUUAUGGCUUCUCGCAGAUGAGGAUCAAAAUAAGUCGAUAAAUCUGAGUGAAUGGUGCAUUUUCUGGGAUAAUUUUGCCGUCCAAUACAACAAGCAAAACUACACACCUUUUUGGUACAAAGAAUUCAUGGCAGUGACUUUUUUCAUAAUGGAUAAGAAUGGUGAUGAACUGAUAGAUGCAAGCGAUUUUGUUUCAUAUUACUGUGAAACACACAAACUUCCUCUUGAGAUAGUAAAAACUGCAUACAAGAAGAUUACCUCUGAUAGGUAUAACGUGUCAAAUACAAUAUCUUUCCGGGAUGGAGAAUCAGAAAUUAAUCUGGAUAUGUUCCAAGAGAUGAUGCUGGGGUUCACAGUUUCUAAGGAUAUGGGACACCCGGGAAAUAUUUUAGGAGAAAUGAUGGUCAACGGCCGUUUAGAAAGGAUGGCGAAGAACAUGAAAGAUGAUCCCUUUUGGAUGUCUAAAAUGAGGCAUCAG